AGAUUAUACACUUACUAAAAAGCAAACAAGAGUCGAGGGAAUCGGUAUCGCGUUCCUUAACCCCACCUAAUACCAUUUCUCUCUCUACCUCCCCUACGGGACAAUUCUGAACCGUCCCACGUGCGAAUUUGUUCGCUACAAAACUCCUGACCGGUCGGAAAUAGAAUAUAUAGAUCUCCAUGUAAAUGGAGGAGCAUUUACAUAUAUAAUAAUAUCAUAUUGUGUGAUAUCCUCGUUCAAAACAAUAUCGAUAUAUAUAUAUAUAUAUAUAUAAAGAUGGGAUGUGCUUGCAUGAAGCAAAGACGACGGACAAGGCACGACAAAACUUCAGUCCUCGCUUCUCAAACUUGCUUUAGUAAACCUGAGAUCGAAGCUUUACACGAUCUCUACAAGAAAGUGAGCAGCUGCCUACGCAACGAAGACACGAUAAGCAGAGAAGAUUUCCAGUUUUGUUUAUUCAAGGAUACAAGAAGGCGCAGCCUUUCAGCAGAUCGUGUUUUCCGGUUGUUCGAUCUGAGGAACGACGGGGUUAUAGAUUUUGAAGAGUUUGUAAAGUCUCUCAACAGUUUUCACCCAAACGCACCUCAAAGAGACAAGGCCACGUGUACAAACUUUGCCUUUCGCUUAUACGACACUCGUCACACGGGAUUCAUCGAGCCUGGAGAGGUAAGAGAUUUGAUAAUGGAUCUUCUAGAAGAAUCGAAUCUGAUACUCACGGAGAAUGCCAUUGACUCCAUUAUUGACAAGACAUUCGAGGAAGCAGACUUUAAAAGAGACGGAAGAAUCGAUGUUGAGGAAUGGGAAGUUCUGGUGGCUUCCAAUCCUUCUUUGCUCAAGAACAUGACCAUCCCUUAUUUGAGUAUGGUGGUACUCAUUCCAUGUGCAACGGCGAUAUUCAUGCAUGGCAUCUGAUCGGUUGGAUUUUCCAAGAUAAACUUUCUCUAAUCCUUCCUUAAUUCCCAUUAAUUCUGUUUGUUUGCUUUGGCGAUUAGGGAGCACACGUGUCUCUAAUCUCACCGCACGUGCCAGGUCGCCGGCAAGCGACGUUACAGCAGCCACGUUCGGUCACCGAGGUGGCUUAAUUAAUUAAUAGGGAUUUGAUUUAUUUCCGAUUGAAAUAAAUAAAUUGUCGUUUUCAGGGAGGUUUGGAGUUGUCAAUUCAUACAAUGCAAUCUGAUGUUCGUA